UGGCAUGAUUCGUGGGACGUAAUGUAUGUAAACAAAGAUAUAGAAAUUCCUGACAUUUUCCUUGGUUUUUAAGCAGUUGUAUCUUUGAGUGUUGUUAAGUGUGUGUGUGUGAGUGAGUGAGGGAGUUUGUGAGUGAGGGGUGUGAGUGUGUGUGUGUGUAGAGGCCAGUAUUCGGCCUCCUGUUGAGCCGAGGUCCCCCCUAAAACCAACUUCAACUGUUUAAGUAUAUUUCUAACCUCCAGCAAACUAGAUUAUGGAAACCGUACACACAGCUAUACCUUUACAUUGGCUGCAGUACAGUGAUAUUACAUGCGUACAACUGUAUGAGCUGAGAGUACAUCAGGAGUACAUAAACUUGAUAUGAGCCGGCCUGAUCCUCCCCUCACAUUAAACUUUAAGGAACUAGCAGGGCCUUCUGAUACUGUUAAUCCUAGCAAAAGAAACGCUCAAAAAAUAUACAAAGGACCACCUUUAGCUUCUGUUGAGUCUCUCCUAAGCUACGAACCAAGAAAACGAAUACCAGGGCCCCCAAUAGCUUCUGUUGAAUCCUUGUUGAGUUGUGAGAAGUUUUCUCCCCGUCAAGACAAAAGGUUAAUGUCUGAGGAUGAAAAAUCAGCUGAGAUCUUAAAACUUCUUCCCCUUCUCUCUCCCUUCUCACAAAGCUUUGCUGCUCUAAAGGAAGGAAUACAGGGUGCUAUUGCAAGAUUACAGGCAUUGGAGGAAAAUCAGAGGCAAAAUGAAUGGAAUGAUGGAGGUGUUUUCUUUGGAGAACAGGCCGAGUCCAUUCACUCCGAGAGUUCUCUUGUUCCCGGUGCGGGCAGUAUUCCAGAUCCAUUCAUUAUUCAGAAAUCCAAACUACUCAACAAGAGGGUAGCUCUGAAUGUGGGAGGCGUGAGACAUGAAGUUAUGUGGAAGAUGUUGGAACAGAUUCCAAACAGUCGACUGGGUAAACUGUCGAAAGCAAAUACACAUGCUGAGAUAAUGACUCUUUGCUCUGACUACUCACUCGUCGACAAUGAGUAUUUUUUCGACAGACAUCCUCGAUCCUUCAAUUCUAUUCUUAACUUCUACAGAACUGGAAAACUUCAUGUACAAGAUGAAAUGUGUGUUCUAGCAUUCAGGGAUGAUCUUGAGUACUGGUGGAUAGAUGAAGCAUAUCUAGAGUCAUGCUGCCAGGCUAAGUAUGACAAGAAGAAGGAGGCAGUCCUCGAAGAGAUGGAAAUUGAAGCAAGCAAGCUGGAAAAAGAUGUCGAAGAUGACUUUGGGAACGGAAAAUUUGCGGUGUAUCAGAAAUGUUUAUGGGAUCUGAUGGAAAAACCAGAUACAUCUUUAGCUGCUAAGGCGGUUUCUUUCAUAAGUUUUAUAUUUGUUGUUGUAUCAACUGUAGGCAUGAUUCUAAACACACUCCCUGCUGUUCAAUCAAAGGAUUUGAAUGGCAAGGCACUGGAUAACCCUCUUUUAGCUCUGGUUGAAGCUAUCUGUAUAUUCUGGUUCACUUUGGAGUAUUUGCUCAGAUUUGCUGGAGCCCCGCAGAAGUUUGAGUUCCUAUUGGACGGAAUGAAUAUUGUAGAUUUACUCGCUAUUCUACCCUUCUAUGUAUCUCUAUUCCUUGCACCCCCUCCUGUCUCCAACCUACCCUACAACACCUUCUCAAGCACCCCCGGGACCCCCGGGAGUGAUGCGUAUGACGCAUUCUCAGGUUCCACGGCGCAGACUGACGCUUUACAAGAAAUAACGCCAACAAGUCAGGUUGCUGAGGAGCAGGGAGGAUUUGAUGAUGUUCUUCAAGUUUUUAGAAUGUUUAAACUCACUCGAAUCUUUAAGCUGGCCCGACAUUCUACCGGACUUCAAUCAAUUGUGUUUACACUUAAAAACAGUUACAAGGAGUUAGGAUUGUUAGUCCUGUUUAUCAGUAUUGCUGGUCUCCUGUUUUCAAGCCUCUGCUAUUUUGUUGAACGAGAAGAAGUAGAAACUAAAUACACGAG